CACGCCCAGCUAAUUUUUGUAUUUUUAGUAGAAAUGGGGUUUCACCCUGUUGGCCAGGCUGGUCUUGAACUCCUGACCUCAGGUGAUCUUCCUCCUUCUGCUUCCCAAGGCGCUAGGAUUACAGGAAUGAGCCAGCAUGCUUGGCCCAUAUUUUCUCAAUCAACAGAUUCUAUUAUGAUAUAGAAACAGAUCUAUGAAAGUUUUAGAUGCUUAAAAGAGGUCCUUGUGCUUUCUUGAAAAGGCUGUAAUAAGAGUUAUACUGUAAAAUUGCUUGCCACCCACUCCUGCCAGUAGUCAUCUCUUGUUGGUUACCUAUCUUGGUUAUGUAAUUAUUCUGAAAGGUUCUGGAAAGUUUGAACUUCUUGCCACAGAUCUCGAAUGUCUGUCUGCAUUGGAGGGGAGGGUUAGAAGAUAGAACAAGGGGUAAGAUUGGAGGACAGCUCACUCGUCACUCAAAGAGCGGACGUUCCAUUUAGCAUCACUGAUCUUCUGAUACUAAAAUGUCCAUGCUGAGCCUCCCUGCUUUGAUAUAAAGUGCUGCCUCCUUCCCUUAGGUUCUUUCUUCUACAAAGCAGCUGACUUCCAGUGUGGCAAGUGCUCCUAUUUUUCUUGACUCACCAUUGCCACUGCUUUAAGGAUUUCAGAACAUUUCUCUGAACAUUGUUGCAUUUCAUCCUCACAGACACUUCUCAGUUUAGGCUUAGAAAAACUAUCAGACUUACUUAAGAUCACACAAUUGGUGAAGAAAUUACAGCAAGAACACAAAACUUGGGGUUCCAAUUGCUCUGAGCCGUGACGUAUAGUAUCUUUAGUAGAUUUUACCUUAGUGCUCUUUCAAAUGGGCAUGAUUUAAAUGUUUGCUCAAUAUCUACUUAGAGAUGAGAGGAUGAACACCUUGUGAAAGAAGGUUAGAAAAGGAAGGUGUGGAGGCAGCACCCAAUUUUGCAUGUUUCUUCAGAAUUGGUUAUCUUUUGUUACGCAAGCAUUCCCCUUGGAAAUCAUACUAGGAUUUUUUUUUCUUGAGUGUAAGUGACUAAAAACAACUCAUACAGGCUUAAGCAAAUGUAUUGACUCAAUAAAGGAAAAGACCAGGGAUGGACCUCACUUCAGACAUAAACUGGAUCCAGGGGUUGAAUGAUAUCACCAAGCCUCAUUCCUUUUGCUCUGUCCUCUAGUAAGGUUACCCCACUGACAGCAGCAAGAAGUCAUCAGAAGUUCCUGGCUUGUAUCCUAUCCUCUUAGCAGCCCCAAUCAAAAGAAUCUUUCUGACAGUUCCCAAAAAUGUCCCCAAAGGGUUGAAUAUCAUGGGAUUGACUUAGUUGUUUGCCCAACUCUAAAUCAAUCACUGUAACCAGUAAUGGUUGGCCAGAUUGGCCAUGUCUGGGUGCAUGCCAGCUCCAAGAGCCCAGUGCACUUGGACCUCCUGUACCACACGGACUAAGAAUAGGAUAGGCAAUACCCCCCAAAAAUGUGGCUUCCAGUGCCAAAAGACAAAGAAAUGGAUACUGAGCAGGCCAAGGCAAUGAAUUUGUACUGUAGAAAUGCACCUGUAGCCCCAAAUACCUGGCAGCUUAUAAAAAAUUACUUUAAACUACAUUCCGGACACUCCUUCAGCAGAAUUCCAGUCAAUAAAAUUUUAUCCAUUCCACUGCAUUAUAGUUUGGUACCCAGAGCAGCUUCUCAGCUAGAUGCCCUUUAUUCUAACUCUGUCUUCGCUAGGUGAGGAGGCUGCAGAGCAGAGGGACAUGGUCCACGUCACACAGCCAGGAUAAGGAGGAGUUCAGACCAGAUCCUGUUCCCAGACCAUUGGCUACUCAAACCAGGAAGGACUGCUGACCCUGCCGCUUUGGCCAGCCCAGCAGCACCGCCUUGCUUCUCCCAUGACCCAGCCAGGUUCUGUUAGGACCCAAGAUUGGUGUAGAUUAUAGCACCAAAAGAUCUCCAGGUUCUGGAAUUGGUCCAUUUCUGUCAGUGCUAUGGUCUGAAUGUUCAUAUCCUCCACAAUUUGUAUGGUGAAAUUCUAACCCCCAAGGUGAUGGAAUUAAGAGGUGGGGCUUUUCGGAGGUGAUUAAUAAAGAGCAGAAUCUUCAUGAAUGAGAUUAGUGUCCUUAUAAGAGACCCUUCCCCACUUUCUUUUCCACCUUGAGGACACAGCAAGAAAGCACUGUAUGCAAACCAGGAAAUGAGUCCUCACUAGAUACUAAAUCUGCUGGCACCUUGAUCUUGAACUUCCCAUCAUCUAGAACUGUGAGAAAUAAGUUUUUGUUGUUUAGAAACCAUCCAAUCUAUGGUCUUUGGUUAUAGCAGCCUGAACAGACAAAAACCUUCUAAGGUAAUCAUACCCCUUUUUAGGCUCUGCAGUGGAAGCAUCAGUGGGGCGUUGCUGUGGAUUGUGUCUAGUAUUCAGAAUACAUGCAUUGAUUUAGGUAGAAGAAUGUUCUUAAGAGUCCCCAAAGGGUGAUCCUCUAGAAAGAUACCUGCUGAGUCAUUAAUAGAAAUAGCCUAGUCCUGUGAGAUUGGGAAGGAUACUUUCACUGUUUGCUUUUUCUAUUCUCUGUUGUUGGAAUUAUUUAGAGGCAGAUGCUCAGCCACAGUGGGAUAACUGGAAGAAUUACACUUGUACCUGAACACAGAGUUUGAGAUAGAUAGGGCUGAUGAGGAGCUCAGGGGCAGGGUCGUUAGAGAGAAGAAUCCAGACCCAACAUAAGGCUACCACGGACCCAGAAAAGUUAAGGUCUUUAUUUUUAUUUUUUUUGAGAGAAGGUCUCACUCUGUCACCCAGGCUGGAGUGUAGUGGUGUGAUCUUAGCUGACUAUAGCCUUAACUUCUUGGGCUUAAGUGAUCCUCCCACCUCAGCCUCUUGAGUAGCUGGGACCACAGGCAUGAGCCACUACACUUGGCUAAUUUGUUUCUUUUUUUUUUUUGAGUCACUCUGUCACCCAAGCUGGAGUGCAGUGGCAUGAUCUAAGCUUACUGAAACCCUGACUAAUUUUUUUAAAAAUUACUGUUUUUAGAGACAGGGUCUCCCUAUAUUGCCUAGGCUGGUCUUGAACUCCUGGGCUCAAAUGAUCCUCCUGACUCAGCCUCCCAAAGUACUGGGAUUACAGGUAUGAGCCACUGUGCCCAGCCAAAAGUUAAGGUCGUCAAAGGAUGAGGGUCUUUUCUUUCAGUAGCACUGAUCCUAGUAGGAAAUGUCACUUGCUACGCUGCACCUAACACCAUCAAGAUGGUUGACCAGUGGGCAUGAUGGUUACUGGACUGGCCACUUCCCUUGUGGGCAAUCUUACAAGGCAUAGGAGAAAAACAAUCACUCAACUGGCCACACUUAGAUUUUUUUUUUUCAUCUACACCUUCUCAAAGUAACACACCUAGAUUUUGACCUAAAAGGAAAAAGACCAGCUUAUUGUCUAGGCUUCACUCCAAAUGACUUUAGACAUUUCAAUCAUCAAGUCUGUCCUGAAAUGAUAAAGAUUUGCCAUUUUGAGGACAUGCGGAAGAAUAAAGUUACAUCCUAAAGUCAAUGGAGGGUUUCCUAAAUUUUUAUUAAAAAGGUCUCCUUUGUUAAAAUGAGGAUUUUGGCAGGGUGCGGUGGCUCACACCUGUAAUCUAAGCACUUUGGAAGGCCAAGGCGGGUGGAUCACUUGAGAUCAGGAGUUUGAGACCAGCCUGGACAACAUGGUGAAACCCCAUCUCUACUAAAAAUACAAAAAUUAGCUGGAUGUGGUGGUGGGCACCUGUAAUCCCACCUACUUGGGAGGCUAGGCUGAGGCAGGAGAAUCAUUUCAACCCAGGAGGUGGAGGUUGCAAUGAGCUGAGAUUGUGCCACUGCACUCUAGCCUGGGUGACCGAGUGAGACUCUGUCUCAAAACAAUAAAAGAAAAUAAAAACCACUUUUCCAGGUGGUUACUUUGAGGAAGAUGUUUCUUUGCAUGAGACUCCCUUUACACCACUGACCUGAGAAUAGCUGUGGCUCCAACUGUGCUUGGAACUCACCUUCUUGCUCCACUCUCCCUCUGCUGAUUGCUUCCCAGAAAGGGCCUGGAUCCAUUCCCACCUUGACUUCAUCCCUUCUUCUCUUACACUAAGUGAAAUUUCCAGUGGUUGGACUGGUAGUGGCCAUGGAUGUGUCUUUUUAAUCAUUAGUAAAUCUAAGGACCCUGAUAGUUCUGGGCCACAGAGUUUUUUCCUAUAAAGUCUACAAGAAAGAAAGAGGUGGUGAAGGGGGAUUAAAAACACUCAUCUUUUCUUUCCUAUUUCCCCUUAUCCACAUAAGCAGACACUUUUAGAAAACUGAAAAAUGAGAUGUACCUGCAAUAAGAUGGAACUCUAAACCUUCAAGGGAUGGGCAGUGGAAGGAGAUGUUCUGAGGGGCAGGAGUAGGGUUCAGGAGCAUGGAGGCAAGCUGGGAACAGUGCAGCUGGCCUGGACUAUACUGUGUCCCCUUGGGGGCCAUUUGAUUGCAUUUCUAUUACUCCCUCACUUUGGCACUCCAGUUCCCUCCUUGCCCCCCUUUAAUGCUCUGUCCCAGCCUGGUUUCAAGAUACAGGACUGAAAAUAUGAUGACUUUUUUCUGCAUUAAAUUGAUAGAGAUGAUAGCAAAUAUAUUUUGUAAAUCAAUUAAAGAACUGCAAACAUGAAAACAUAACAGGAAACUGUCUUGCUGGACCAGAAAUAGCUAAGCAUUCCUAAGAGAGUGAUGCAGACAGGAAACCCAAAGUAAAUCAGACUUGAAACCACAAGCCAGGCGGCUCCUGUGUCAAGAAACUAAGCCCAAGACUUACUCAGAAGAGCACCAAUCAAGAAUCACCAAACAUCCAAGACAAUAAUAUCAUGAAAGAAAGACAAACAACUCAGCAAAUGAAAGUCCUUCCCAAAGAGGUAAUGUGGAUGGGGAGGUAGGAGGCUGUGAUAUACCCUCCCUUAAAGAGUCCCGUGUGAUGUGGGCAUGCUCACUUCCCAGUAGACUGGCUUGUCCCAGCAUGGUAACCAGUGGUGGCCACGCUGAGCAAAUGCUUCCAUGGUGUGGGAGGCUCUGGCAGGAAUGUAUGCACACAUGAUGUUGUGGAUAGUCUGGAAUUCUUGCUAAUGUAGGCUGGGGUGUUGGAGGCUUGGGUCCACGGUGCUCCUGGAGGAAGGGUCAGUCUUUGCAGCCCAAACUGUGAAGUUGAACUCCCAAGUUAACACUUGCAAAUUCAUUCAUUGCCUACUAAGUAGUGGGCAGAUGGGCUAUCGGCUCUUUAUCAUCUCUGUGUCUUUAAAGCAGUGAUUCCCAAGGGAGAGGAGGGAGGGGAGAGCAUGCCUUUCUGAGUAAGAGUAUCAGGGUCAUUUAUUCUCUCCUUCUGAUCCCAGAAACUAUAAACUCCAUCCUGCCCCCUCCUCAAUUCUGAUAUGCUUUCUCUAGGGUGUAUGUGGUGUACACCCCCACUGAAGAAACAUGUUUUGAUAUUCAACUGGGCUGAGGUAGAUAAAAAUUUUGAGAGCCACCAUUUUUAGGUAAAUGUGAUUCUUUCCAAUUUGUAUAAAUUACCUAUCUGGUACAAACUAUCCUCCUUAUUCUGAUGAUCCACAUGCAUCUGUGUCACCAGAGCUCUUUAACUGGUGAGACAGAUGCAUUUGGAUCAUCAGAAUAAAGAAUUUAAUUUCAGAAUUACAGCCCAGCUUUCUCCACUGGGGGACCCACAGGAAUGGGAAGCCUAAAUGUCCAAAGCAGAGCUCAUUUUAUCUUGCUUCCAGAGCUGCUCCUCAUUCUACAUUUGUUUUCUUGGUGGAUGAUAGCUCAAUCCAGAAAACUUGGACUAUUUAUUUUAUUUAUUUAUAUAGAAAAUGCAAGGUGAGAUCACAGAAUCCUCUUUUGCUCUUCCCUCUUUUAUUUCCCAUAUUCUACACCUUGCUUCCCUCCCAACCUUUUUUUCAGAGACGGGGUCUUGUUUGGUUGCCCAGGCUGGAGUGCAGUGAUACAAACAUGGCUCCUUGCAACCUCAACCUUCAGGCCUCAAGCAAUUCUCCUGCCUCAGCCCCCUGAGUAGCUGGGACUAUAGGCACGUGCCACCAUGCCUGGCUAAUUUUUAAAUUGUUUUAGAGAUGGGCUCUCACUGUAUUGCUUAGGUUGGUCUUAAACUCCUGGCACCAAGCGAUCUUCUCACUUUAGCCUCACAAAAUGCUGGGUUUACAGAUGUCAGCCACUAUGCCUGGCUCCUAUACCCUUUUAGUCAUAUUAACUCCUAUACCCUCCAGUCAUAUUAACUCCACCUCUUUAGUAGUUCUCAUCUUUAUCCUUUUUCUCCACACCCAUGGACACUUGUUUAUCCACUUCAUUAAUCUGGCAUCCACAUUCUCCUAACUGGUUUCUCUGACUCUAGUGUUGCUCCCCCAACCCAUUUUCCUCUCUGCUCUCCAGAUCUAUCUUAGUAAAACAAAUCUAACCAGGCCACUUCCUUGUUAAAGUCUUCACUGAAAAAGGGAAUAGGGAAUUUCUAAAAAUCUUCAUAGCCUUUGAUGGGUAUAAUUCCCUUGCUAGAAAUUUAUCCUAACAAACAAAAUAAUCAGAUGUUUGGACAAAGAGUUGAGUACAAGGAUGGUCACAGGGAAAAUUGGACCAUUCAAUAUUAGGAAAUUUGUCAAACUAUAGGACAUGUAUAAGAUGAAAUCCUACAUAGCCAUUUUAUAUUGUGAGCUACAGAGAACUUAAGAAUAUGUGGGGGACAGUUUGGACCAGGUGAUAUAUUUGCUGAUCCCCAUGGUACCCUUGGCAUAUUUCCCUCAGAGCAUCAGAGCACUUAUCCCGCUGUGUUUGCCUGUUCUUGUUUUUCCCCCACUGAUUGAUAAGGUCCUGAAGGGGACUGUCUUGUAUUUGUCUCUUUACCCCCAUCUCCUGUAGCAAUGCUGGCAUGUAAUAUGGUGUGGGAGUGGGAUGUCCUUAACGAUAAUUCCACUUCAAGAUCUGAGACGCUCUUUUUUUUUUUUUUUUUGAGAUGGAGUCUCUCUCUGUUGUCCAGGCUGGAGUGCAGUGGCGUGAUCUCGGCUCACUGCAACCUCCGCCUCCCAGGUUCAAGCAAUUCUCCUGCCUCAGCCUCCCGAGUAGCUGCGACUACAGGUGCAUACCACCAGCCUGGCUGGUUUUUUGUAUAUUUAGUAGAAAUGGUGUUUUACCAUGUUGGCCAGGCUGGUCUCGAACUCCUGACCUUAUGUGAUCCACCCACCUCAGCCUCCCAAAGUGCUGGGAUUACAGGAGUGAGCCACCACGCCCGGCCCCAAGAUCUGACACACUCUUAAGUGGUAUAUCCAAAACUGAAAUCAAUGUUCCCUCCAAUCCCCACCCCCCAAAAAUCUCAGACCCAGAAUUUCAUUCCUCCCCUCCAUCGCAAUCUCCAUGAAAGAACCAUCUUUGUAGACUGGGAAGUACCAACCUUUCUCGGACUGGUGAAGAACAUGGUGUGGUAUGAUCCUACACCAUGGCUCCUUAAUCUUCCUUACACCCAAUACCCAGAUUUUUAAAAAUAGGGCUCAGGCUGGGCUCUGAGGUGAGGGAAGAGGAAAGUGGGGGCUAGCCAGGGCCCUGAGGCAUGGGCGGGGUGUGGCGUGAUGUGGCAAGGGAUGGGAGUGGGCAGGAGAGACUGCCUAGGUGAGGCUCACAUCAGAUGGAGAAGCCUGACCUGGAUCCACUUGCUGCCUAUAGGAUCUCAGUCGCCAAAACCUGUCUGGCCUAAAGACAGGCAAAGUUUGAUUUAAUACUUGGUACUGACCUCACUUGAACAUUAAAUCAAUAAAUGCCAACUGAAUGGAGCUGUUGCUGGGAAACUAAGGAGUAUCAAGUAUCCAGUAUCUGCACGGAGGAGAUUGUUUUGAUCUGUUUUGUUUUUCUAAAGCUGCAGCUUGCUCCUUGGUGCCCUUUAGGUUAUUCCUUUUUUGGUAGGAGAGUGGCUCCCACACUGUCCUCUCCACCCACCCUUUGAUGAGGCUUGGAAAUGCACUCAGCAGCUGCGCCCAUGAUAAGCUGGACAGCCUGUCCUGUCCUGUUGGCAGGUCCUCCCAACAGGCAGAGUGAGGAGUUCGUGAAUGAGGGAGGAGACUAUGGUGUCUCAGAAGGAAAACACUAGAGGAAAAAACACUUGAGUAACAAUGACCAAUUCAACCUCUGGAUCUCUCUCGUAGUUCCUAAUACUAUUUCCGGCUGAACUGUGUAGCUCUCAGCAUGGCCUUUUACCCAUCACUGGUGUCAUGCCAGGUCAGCUUCAUCUUUUCUUAGCUAGCUGAGGAGGACAGGCAUCCAAGCUGGGGUCUCCUCUCAUGUGUGUCUCUCCUAGGGAUGGAGUUGCCAGGCUUUGUGCUUGUUUUACUCCUUGUAUUGCCUUUCCCUCCCCUCCGUUUCCUGUUCCCUGGGCUGGCCAUAGCAGAGGUUGAGUCGGAGGGUGGUACUGGCUUUUGGGAAAAAGAGAAGGACAAUCCUCAUGUUAUUCAACACGGCUGCCACAAACUACCCAGGCAGAGACUGGGAAUGGGGCCUUGGAUGCCAGCGGUUGGGUCCCUGCCUUGCAGCCAGCUCUGCCAAAGCAUGUGGUUCUGAUUGUGCCCUUUCUUCUGCCUCACAGCCAGUCAUAAAUGCCACCUUCCUUGGAUGUCUGAGUCCCUUGGAAACUGGGCUCUAAAUUCAAUUCCAUUGGGGUUGACCAUGGGCUAAGCUAUCCGAAUUUCCAUCUAGGCUUCCAGUUUCCUUAGAGCAAAAGGAAAACAAAUUGUGAAAAGGGAGUUAGCAGAGUGGGAAGGUGGCCUAAGGACAGCUGUUUUGACCUGAGUAAAAUUACAUCCCUGAUGGGAGCCAGCAAGUGCAGCACCUUCCAUAUGUGCAACCAUCACUUAAAUAGCACUAUAUGGUUUAGGGACUGCGUCAAGUUUCCUAGGGUGCUAUAACAGAGUACUAUAAAUUGGGUGGCUUAAAACAACAGAAAUUUAUUAUCUCACAGUUCUGGAGGCCAGAAGUCCAAGGUGCUGGUAGGGUUGGUUCCUUCUGAGACUUCUGGGGAAGAAUCUAUGCCUUGACUCUCUCUUAGCUUCUGGUAAUCCCAUUCAUUGACUUAUAGAUGCUUAUAGAUGUUAUUUGAAUUGUAGAUGUGAUCCUCCAUUUUUGUAUGGUGUUCUCCUUGGGUCUCUGUCUUCAUAUGUCUGUCUUCUGGUAAAGAUACCAACUAUAUUAAAUUAGAAUUCCAUCUA